UCCGCAUUGGAUUGCCGCGCGAUCGCGGAGCGUGGCCAGUGUGCCACAGCCGAUGACGCGUUCAGGGCUAUCCUGGCGGUGGAGUGUGCUGGAACAUGUGGUCUCUGCAGACACGGUGGUUGUGCUGACGCAAACUAUCAAUUAUGUGCUAUGUUUCACAAACUGUGUACACAGGCCAAUUACCAAAAGCUGAUGGCGCAGAAGUGCAAGCGCACGUGUAAUUUGUGUGCCAUUGAUGUGCACAAUCCUGGAUGGAUUUUCAACAAGGAAACGAAUGCAUAUUAUAAAGUGCUGGAUAUACAUAUGCCCAGCGCAAUGAAUGAGAGCAAUGCAGUGAAAUAUGAAGGGAUUUGUGUGGCGCAAGGCGCGCAUCUGGCAUCCAUUCACUCCGCAAUCGAAAACGAAUUUGUAUUCGGUAAGCUUUUCGACAACGUAUCUGGGAAUUAUUAG